CCACUUGGUCAAAUACCAGACCACGCAGGUCAUCUUCACCACUCCCUCGUUCUCGCUCGCACCACCGCUCCACGUAUCCCCUCGCCGCCGCCGCCGCCGCCGCCGUCCGCCGCCGCCAUGCUCCGGCUACGUGGCUGCGUCCUCACCCAGCUCCUCUCUUCUCCAGCCACCUCUCCCGUACCCCAUCUCCGCCGCCUCAUCUCCGCGGCCGCGCCCGCCGUUUCCCCAAACAUCGGAUUCGCCGUGGAGGAGUACCUCGUCGCCACUUGCGGCCUCACGCGAACACAGGCCGUCAAGGCCUCCCCCAAGCUCUCCCACCUCAAGUCCCCCGCCAAGCCCGACGCCGUGCUCGCCUUCCUCGCCGGCCUCGGCCUCUCCGCCGCCGACGUCGCCUCCGUCGUCGCCAAGGACCCGCUGCUACUCUGCGCUAAAGUGGAGAAGACCCUGGCACCCGUCGUCGACGGGCUCACCGGCCUCGGCCUCUCGCGUCCUGAGAUCGCGCACCUCGUCUCGGUCGCCGGCGAAAAGUUCCGCUGUAGAGCCAUCAUCUACAGGCUGCACUACUACCUGGCCCUCUUCGGCUCCUCCGGGAAACUCCUCCGGGUGCUCGACCGCAGCCCCUACAUUCUCUCGUCCAACCUCGAGAGGGUGGUGAAGCCCAACGCCGCGUUCCUGAGGGAGUGCAGGAUAGGUGCUUGUGAUAUUGCCAAGCUGUGUGUCGCUCAGCCGAGGAUGCUCACCUCCAAUGUGGAGCGCGUCCGGGCGAUGGCGGCGCGCGCUGAAGGCCUAGGUGUGCCCCGUGGCUCCAGGAUGUUCUGGCGCAUGCUGAAUGCCCUUGCGUUUCUCCGCGAGAAGGAUAUCACCGCCAAAGUGGAGUACUUGAAGGACACUUUCAGAUGGUCCGAUGCUGAGGUGGGCAUUGCUCUUUGUAAGGCCCCGAUGGUGCUGGCGUUGUCCAAGGACCUGCUGCAGAGGAAGUCGGAGUUCCUGAUCUCUGAGGUGGGGUUGGAACCGGCAUACAUUGCUUAUCGGCCGACAUUGCCCACUUACAGCCUGGAGGGCCGACUAAGGCCCCGGUACUACACUUUGAAGUUUCUUAAGGAAAAUGGAUUGCUAGAUCAUGACCGAGACUACUAUUGUGCAGUCGUGCUGCCAGAGGAGGUAUUCAUGGAGAAGUUCAUAUGCCCCUACAAGGAAGCUGCACCACAACUCGCUGAAGACUAUGCAGCAGCGUGCAAAGGGGAAGUGCCGGCUAGAUUCAGAUUUACAUGAAGCAAGGCCUGUAUGAAAAUUUCAUAACCGGGAGAGUGUGAGAUCACGGCAUCCUACUAAUGCUUUGAAGUGAGUAGUAUUUCUGCACACUGUCUUUAUGUUCUGAAAUAGCCAUGAAAAUUUUGAACUUCUUUUUCCGCGGGAAACAUUUUUGGAUUUGUUGUUGGCCUGUUGGCCACAAUGUGCUGAUCACUAUUGAGGAUGCAGUUUUGAUCUAGUUCUUCUGAGAUUUCAUUAGUUUGUAUCAAGUUGAUUUGUUUAUUUGUCUCAUGUAUUUUUGGAUGGCCUACUAGCUGAUACUUUUCCAGGGGCAUUUGAUCUCAGAACUGAAUAGUUGAGUAGUAGGCUAGUGGCAUUUUUCUUGACAGUUUACUUGUAUAUCACUACGACGUAACAGAUAUUUCAAAUGCCCUGGUAUUCUUACCGUAGAAGCAAAUCGAUAGUUGUAUGGUAUAGUGUUGAAAAGCAGAUGUCGUCUCAUACAGUAAAGGAAUUUAUAUUAUGGUAACCCUAGAAAGGCUUAUGACAUCAUUACAAUGUUAAUUCAGCCAUAUCUUUAAGCUAAUUUUAUUCCAUAUUAGCACUAUCUGUAUAGAUAAUGAGGACAUCUUUAUCCCUGAGCAUAGGAUAGUCAAGUGGUUUUAUGCACUAUCCUUAUUUGCAAUUUCUAUCUGGCAAGUCGGUAAAGGAAAAGAAAAAAGGCAGAUGGGAGGCCAUGUUGUAUAGUAGACUAGACAUGCUAUGCACCUCAAUUUAAGAACCAAUUUGUUUGAGGAUGGUGCAUAUUUGUUUGUUCUUGAUGUGAAACUGGAUAGAUGGUGCUUUUGUCUUUUUCCGGCGGACAAGAUGAAACAUGACGGCCAUGAAUUUGAUAUACUAUGCAUGAUUCUGAAGGCUCUGUUAGUUAAUGAUACCCUGAAGCUUCAGUGACAACUGACAAGUAUGGCCUGACGACAGCAUGGAUUUUAUUCAGGGAAGCUCCUACUUCUCUAACUUUUUUGAAUUUUAUUUUCUGUCCUAUAACAAUCUGACAUGCAUUUUAUUUCUCAAAGAAAGGAGAAAAUGUGCAAGAAAUUUCUAUUGUUAUUUCAGGAUCAAGAUCUUUCGGAUAUCAUACUAUUACUUUCUUCUCUUUAUUUUUGUAAACUCAUGAUGAAAUGACGAUGUGCAUAGCUGUCCAAUGAAUCCACUUAAAUGGGUAUAUUUUCAUGUGAGUGCACCAAAAGUUAAAUGCUUAAAAUUGUUUUACCUUAGUAUAAAGUGCACAUUUAGUCUCUAAUACACCGAAGACCUGUGAUGAAAACCACUUAACCAAGUGUAAAGAGUAGAUGAUUCUCCCAUUCUUAUUUCUAGAAUUCAUUUGUCCAACAUUUCGCUGAAUGUUGUGUGUGCAGAUGCGAGAAAGAAAAAAACUGAAAGAAUGUUGGGCAAGAUUUUGGUGAAGAAGACCGCUAUGGUCCUCCGAUAUUGCUUUCCUCAUUUGUGCACACACUUUGGAUAUUGGAUCUAUUUACUAGUUGCUCAUGCCCUACAAGUGGCGACAUGUGGCGGCAAAAGCGGAAGGAGAAGGCAUUGUGAAUGGGGAAGAUUAUUGCUGAGAACUUGUCGUGGCCCCUUAAAAGUGAGAGAGUUGUUAAGUUUUUGAAAGGUAACUCCUCAAAAUUUUGAGGAAUUAACUUGAUAGGAGUUAGGCUAAAAAAGAAUAUUUUGAGGAGUUAAACCUUUUAAGGGGUUGGCUAGAGAUGCCUUAACUUGUGCGAAGAAAAGAAUCGAUACACAAUGUUGCUCCAACAU